CACCACAGUGCACUCCUACAAGACCAUCUCCUUCCACUAUUCAUUGCACAUGGCGACUCGUGACAGUGUUUCCUUGUAUAAGUUGUGGAUUUCAGUUAUCACUAUCCUCCCUUUCACUCAAACAUUAUCACAACCCGAAAAUUAUAUUGUUCACAUGGAUUUAUCGGUGAUGCCCAAAGCCUUUUCAGGCCAGUAUCAUUGGUACUUGUCCACUCUUGCUUCUAUAAUUGAUGUCUCUGAUAAUAGCACCACUAGGGCUACUUCUGCCACUCUGACUGCCUCUUCUAAACUGCUUUACAGUUAUACUCAUGUUAUCAAUGGUUUCAGUGCCAGUCUCACUCCUUCAGAGCUUGAGGUUUUAAAAAAUUCUCCAGGCUACAUUUCUUCCAUCAAAGACUUACCUGUUAAGCAGGACACAACUCAUUCAUCCAAAUUUCUUGGCCUUACACCUCAGUCCCUUGCCUGGAAGGUGUCAAAUUAUGGUGAAGGUAUCAUUAUUGGGUUGGUGGACUCUGGUGUUUCGCCAGAAAGCCAGAGUUACAACGACCAUGGAAUGCCUGAGAUUCCAGAAAGAUGGAAAGGAGAAUGUGAAAGUGGCACUCAAUUCAACUCCUCAUUGUGCAACAAAAAGCUCAUCGGAGCAAGAUUUUUCAACAAAGGCCUAAUUGCAAUGUAUCCUAACAUCACUAUAUCUAUGAAUUCGACGCGUGAUACGGAUGGGCAUGGGACACACACAUCUAGCACCGCUGCUGGAAAUUAUGUGGAAGGUGCGUCAUACUUUGGCUAUGCCCCUGGAACUGCUAAUGGAGUAGCUCCUCGGGCGCAUGUAGCCAUGUACAAGGUUUUCUUUGACGAAGCUGGUGCUUCUACAACUGAUAUAAUUGCUGCAAUCGACCAAGCGAUUAGCGAUGGUGUAGAUGUAUUAUCUUUAUCAUUUGGCUUGGAUGGGAUUCCUUUGAAUGAAGACCCCAUUGCCUUGGCAACAUUUGCAGCCGUAGAGAAGAAUGUAUUUGUGUCCACUUCUGCUGGAAACGAAGGGCCUUUCUACGAAACUCUACAUAAUGGCAUACCAUGGGUGUUAACAGUAGCUGCUGGUACUCUAGACCGUGAAUUUAAUGCAGUUUUGACACUUUGCAAUGGAAUUUCAAUCACAGGUUCAUCUCUCUAUUUGGGGACUACAUAUUUUUAUGAAGUGCCUAUUGUUUUUAUGGACGGGUGUCACAAAGUGAGCGAAUUGAACAAAAUUGGACCGAAGAUUGUGGUUUGUCAGGGUGGGAACGAUGGUAAUGACUUAAGCGACCAAGUUGAAAAUGUCAUCAAGGCAAACGUUACAGCUGGUGUUUUCAUAACAAAUUUUACAGAUACUGAAGAAUUCAUCCAAAGUCAAUUUCCAGUUGUUCUUCUGAAUCAGAAAGAUGGGAAAACCAUAAUAGAUUACAUCAAGAACAGCAACAAGCCACAAGCAAGCGUAGAAUUUCGAAAAACAAAUCUGGGGAUUAAAUCAGCUCCAAGUGUUACUGGUUAUAGUUCUAGAGGGCCAUCGACGAGCUGUCCAUUGGUAAUGAAGCCUGACAUUAUGACUCCAGGCUCACUAAUAUUAGCUUCAUGGCCUCAAAAUGUUGCCGUGGCUCUGAACAAUUCACAACCUUUGUUCAGUAAUUUUAAUAUACUAUCAGGGACAUCUAUGGCUUGCCCGCAUGCAGCAGGAGUGGCUGCACUCUUGAGGAAGGCACAUCCUGAUUGGAGUCCAGCUGCUAUACGGUCAGCCAUGAUGACAACCGCUGAUAUAAUGGAUCAUACCAUGAAACCUAUCAACGACAUCGGUUUUGGUAACAAGACACAACUAGCCAGUCCUCUUGCCAUGGGAGCUGGACAAGUUAAUCCCAACAAAGCUCUAGAUCCUGGUCUCAUUUAUGAUGUUAAUUCAAAUGAUUAUGUGAGGCUACUCUGUGCUUUAAAAUUCACAGAAAAACAAAUCCAAGCUAUCACAAGGUCAUCUUCCACAAAUUGUUCCAACCCAUCCACCGACCUUAACUACCCUUCUUUUAUCGCCUAUUUCAAUGCAAAAGAUUCGCCAUCAAAUUUGACCACCGUGCGAGAAUUUCAAAGGACAGUGACCAAUGUUGGAGCGGAAAUGUCUACUUACACCGUAAAUGUGACGCCCAUGAUUGGUUUAAAGGUAAGUGUCAUUCCAGACAAGUUGGAGUUCAGGGCCAAGUAUGAGAAAUUAAGCUACAAACUGAUCAUUGAAGGUCCAGCACUCUUGGAUGAGACUGUAACUUUCGGUUAUCUUAGUUGGGUUGAUGUGGGGGGUAAACAUAUUGUCAGGAGUCCCAUAGUGUCAACAAGUUUGAGUCCACAAUUGUCUUAGAACAACUAACAAACUUGUGUACUUGACAAGUUAACUUAUGUCCGUGUUAUUUUUGAAUAAAAUUACAUAUAAUCAGCGAAGGAGCUUUCAGCUUUCA